AUGAAAUUGGUACCUGGCUUGGAAAAAAAUGACGUUGUCUUUGUUGUGGGUAACCUACCUGAACUUGGUGCUUGGAACCAUAAUCAGGCCAUUCAAUUAACCAGAGAAAACGAUGGCACUGAUUCACCCACAGUAUUUGAUAAUAAUAGCUCCGCAGACUUUGCGGAUCUCUAUGGAAAUUCUAGCGAUGGGUUAGAUUUCAUGGGAAAUAGUGCCUCUGAUAAUUCUGAGGGAGGACAAAUAUUUUCACAAAAGAUUGCUUUACCCUCCGAUGCUGAUGUACAGUUUCGUUUCUUUAUAGCUGUAGUUUGUCAGCCAAAUGGUUCAAAAAAUUCUGCCAAAACUUUUAUAAUAAGAAAAUGGGAAACUCACAUGUCACCAAGGCAGAUAAAAAGAAAUGUACUAAGUAAUUUCUCAGAAGAUACCUUGCCGGAUCCCGAUAAAUUUGGCUAUCAUAAUGAAUAUUGUAAAAUUGAAAGGGGAUGGCUAACAGAUGAAACAGUGAUUCAAUUCAAGCUUUUUAAUAAUCCAAUUAAAUUAUGGAAGAAUAGGUUACAAAAUAAGAAAGUUCAAAUAAAAAUGACCCCGGUAAAUUUGAUUAGACACAAUUCAUUAGAAUUACAGCAGCUAGGAGGAGAUUGUGUAGAUGACAGCCUCUCUAUGGAUACCCAAGAUAUUGUAGAUCAACCAGCGUUUAGUAUUACAGAAGUAGCUGUAAUGAAUGAUGAAGAGGCUCACUUCAAAUAUCAAGAUCAAUUUGGUCGAGCCUACAACGACGAUGAAUUUCUUAUCUUCAAUGUAGCAGUUCGAUAUCCAGAAACAGUCGCCUAUUUAGUUGAUUAUUACGUUUACACCACGAGAUCCUUUCCCGGAGAACCGCCCACUCACAUUGGUUUCAGUUAUAUUUUACCCGGGGCUCUGCAAACUAGCGUUGGACUUCUAACUGUUGCCAUUACAAGUACCAAACACAGACCCAUAGGACAAUUAACAGUAGAGUACGUCACCAUAAAGCCAAUUCCUGAUUUCCCAUGGGACAUGAGUAUUUCAUAUGCAAAGCACUGGGAGCAGAGGUGGUCUGGGCUAGAUGUCGGUCAUCGAGGACUCGGGACUUCUUUUACAUGUCAAAUGAAAAAUUGCGCUAAUGUUCGUGAAAAUACCGUUGCUUCAUUAAAAACUGCUGCUUACCAUGGUGCUGACAUGGUAGAGUUCGAUGUCCAAUUAUCGAAGGAUCUGAUUCCCGUUAUCUAUCAUGAUUUUUACGUAUCGAUUUCAUUAAAGCGCAAAAAACAAAUAGAGGCUAUGGAUAUGUUAGAAAUACCAGUGAAGGAUCUCACAUUACAGCAACUACACUUACUUAAGGAUUUUUAUUACCCGAGAGACUCCUUGGGUCAGGUGCUGUAUUACCUUGAUAAAGAGGAACAGGGGGUUAAACAAUCGGUUUAUCAUUUGGAAGAAGGUAGAGAAAAAACUGCAAAGUUUUUUGACGAGGAUCUAGAGGAUCAUCAACCGUUUCCAACACUUCAAACAGUACUUCAGGAAUUGGAACAGCAUGUUGGUUGCAACAUUGAAAUAAAGUGGACGAUGCAAUUGAAGGAUGGCACAUUUGAACUUAAUCACCCGUUUGACCUCAAUCUGUACUUGGACAUUAUACUUAAAGAUGUAUUGGAGCACGGAGGCGAUAGAAAAAUUGUAUUUUCAUCCUUUAAUCCGGACAUUUGCGCCAUGAUGCGAUUGAAGCAAAAUAAAUAUCCAGUAGUUUUUUUAACGCAAGGUGUUACUGUUAAAUAUCCAACAUAUCACGAUCCAAGGUGUCAAACUAUACCAAUGGCUAUGAGACAUGCAUUGACAGCCGAUAUCUUAGGGAUAAACGUGCAUACGGAAGAUAUUUUACGUGAUCCGAGUCAGGUGAAGUUGGUCAAAGACCGCGGGUUAAUUAUAUUUUGUUGGGGAGAUGAUAAUAAUGACAAGGACACGAUACAACACCUCAAAAAACUUGGCUUGCAUGCCGUUAUUUAUGAUAAAAUCGACGAAUACAAUGCAAAGGAGGUGAAAGAGAGCAUAUUCCUCGUGGAUGCUCGAGAGAGCCAAAAAGCUUUAAUAGCUUUAGCCCAGUGUAAUCAAGCCUGCGCAACAUCAGCCACAGCCGCGGCUUCUUUAACGACGCCAUUUGUCAAUAAUGCCGGUGGUAGUGAGAGCGAUGACAGUGUCGGAGGCACCAGCGUCAAUUUGACGAGUAACUGUGAUAUAUCACAUCAAGACAAAGAAAUCCGCGAUCUUACCAAGGAUUUUAGCGUGUGUGCAUCCAACUUUAGUCACCCGCCUAAAACAAAAUCCCUUACGGAUAUCGUUGCUAAUUCUCCGGCCGAAAUUCGUAUAGAGGACGAGUCGGCGAAGAAUUGCCUCUGAUGUUUUUCACAUCGUGCGGAUUACGAAACGUGCUUAUAAAAAA